GGCAGUGCAACCGGUGAAGCCCUUUACCUUAAACUCAUUCCACUCCCCACUCUAAUCAUGAACUCUUUGAGAUUGGCGAGACCUUUGGUAGCUCUCACAGCUCGCCGCGUUUCCCCAGCCGCUAUUGGAACCUCUUCGCGUUUCAUGGGCGCCGCUUUGGGAAGCCAGGUGUCUCGAUUCAGCAGCUCGCCCAUUAACAGACAUGCUGCACCAGUCGACGAUAAUAAGCAGCAAGUUUCGAACUACAAGGCACCCGGUGUCCUCGAUGUCGCCACCCGCCAGCUUUUGCUUACUGAAAUGAUGCGUGGCAUGUGGAUCGUCCUUGAACAAUUUUUCCGUCCUCCCUACACGAUCUUUUAUCCCUACGAAAAGGGUCCAUUGUCUCCACGAUUCCGUGGCGAGCACGCUCUCCGUCGCUAUCCUACCGGCGAGGAACGUUGCAUUGCAUGCAAGUUGUGUGAGGCUAUCUGCCCUGCUCAGGCCAUCACCAUUGAAGCCGAACCCCGUGAGGAUGGAUCGCGUCGUACCACUCGUUACGACAUUGAUAUGACCAAGUGCAUCUACUGCGGUUUCUGCCAGGAAGCAUGCCCAGUUGAUGCUAUUGUCGAAACUUCGAACUAUGAGUACAUCACCGAGACCCACGAAGAAUUGCUUUACAACAAGGAAAAGCUUUUGUCCAACGGUGACAAGUGGGAGGUCGAAAUCGCUAGAAACUUGCAAGCUGAUCAUCCUUACCGCUAGACUUUGUAUAACCCCAUAUAUAAAAAGAGAAAGUAAAAUAAACUUUGUUGGAUUUUAUGACGCUA